UCCAGAGGAAUUCGACACAUGCUCUGACCAGAUGGAUGAAAGUGACGCCACCUGACGACGCAAUUCCGUUGAAGCGGCGAACUCGCUUGACGCGAUUGUCCCCCCGCCAUGUUCGGCCUCGUGGCGCUGUGGAAUGCCAUGGAGACACUCGUCCUCCUUACCGGUCAUGGCGGAGACGACCGCCGACAUCCUCCAUCCCACGAAGAAGACCACGUCGUCGUCGUCGCGCCGUCUGCCAUGCCAGAGUCGACCGCGCCACUUCUCUUGGUUGCCAUCCCCACGGUGGCCCCAACACCAGCUCCUACGUCCACAAUCAAGACCAACUCGAUUGGCGCGUACAAAUCGAACCUCCCUGUUGGUCCAAUGCCCACGGCACCCGUGACAAAACCCAUCCCGACAUUGACGACGUGCAACGGCGCACGGACAGCCAAGCCUGGCGAGACCGUGUUUAUCACGAUCGACGACGGUCCCGCUGCAUCCGGUCGAGCCAACAUUUUGAUGGCGAUGCACCAGCUCAACACAGCACGCACUGGACCCCCACCGGUCUACUUGACGUUCUUUGAGAGCGGGUACAACUUUUGCGGCGACACGACAAACACCAUCUCGAAGCUGCAGUGCACUCCCGACGUCUUCGACAACGCGACGGCGCGCAUGGUGUGGACCGUCAAAGCUGGGCAUGCCCUGGGCGCGCACUCGGACACGCAUUUUUACGACGAUGGCGCAUCCAAUUGCAACUACAUCAAGACAAAUGCGGCUACCGUGAUCGAAGACAGCAUGACGACGUGCGGCAAUACCAUCGCGUCGGAUUUUGUUCGCGGAGCAAAACACGUUGAAAACGCGCUUCAAGCUGCGAAUGCGUGGUCGACGGAUGCGGACAAGGAGCUGCUGGCAAAGGCGAUCCACGAUAUUUGGAGCUACGUGCGCCUGCCGUGCUCGAACGCGUGGAAGUUACCCGGAGGAUUCUCGUUCUCGUCGGGCUUUCGCGCUGUCGACACGCAAGCAGAGCGGGCGGCGCGGCUCGGUGCUGCAGACGACAUGUUUGCAGGGACAUUGCCUUGUCGGAAUCCACUCUACCAAGGCAAACCAUGGAGUUCGUUUGGAUGGGACGCCGAGUGGAAACUUGGUCGCGGCGGGUCGGUGGAUUCGAGUCGGGAGAAAUGCAACGUGGUCCACACGAUCGCCCGCGCAUUUGACCAAAAGGAAAACCGGGGACUCAACAAAAACGCGGUCGUCGUCCUCACACACGACUACUUUUUUGAUACGCUGGACAAAGCGCUGGUGCUCCGCGACGUGAUCCACGAGCUCCAACUACUGGGGUAUUCGUUUAGUACGAUUGACAAAUACAAGUAAGGACGAUCGUUCAAGUUGGACACUGGAUCGUGGUCCAACAACUGCGACGCAGUGCUCCUCAUGAUGCACGGA